AUGGAUCCCGGUGGUGCGAUCACUCUCGAGAAUCUUUCAAUCUGGUUCCUCAACACUCUAUCGCCGCUGCCAGAGCCGCGGCGGAAGGCGGAGGAGGAGCUCUCCCGCGCGGCGGAGGCGCACGGAUUCUCCCUCGCCGUGCUCCGGCUGGUCUCCGAGGGCGGCGCCGACGAGCAUGUCCGCCACGCCGCGGCCGUCCACUUCAAAAACUUCCUCCGCGCCCGCUGGUCACCCCGAAGCUCCCAGCCGGGGGACUCCUCGCUGUCGCCUAACCCUAUUCCGGACGCCGAGAAGGAGCAGAUCAAGGCCAUCCUCGUUGGAUUCAUGCUCGCUUCCCCUCCCCGCAUCCAGAGCCAACUGAGCGAGGCGCUCACCGUCGUCAGCAGCCACGAUUUCCCUAGAGCGUGGCCGACGCUCCUCCCCGAGCUGGUGUCCUCUCUGCGCUCCGCGACCGACUACCGCGCCAUCAACGGCCUUCUCGGCGCAGCUAACUCCAUUUUCAAGAAAUUCCGCUCGGCCUUCGGCAGCGACAAUGAUACCCGGCUGGACCUCAAGUACUGCCUCGACGGCUUCGCGGGGCCGCUCCUCGAGAUUUUUCUCAAGACCGCCCGCCAGAUCGACGCCGCGCGGACGAGCCCCGCGGUUGAUGUCGCCGUCCUCCGGCUAAUGUUUGAGUCGCAGAGGCUCUGCUGCCGGAUCUUUUUCUCCCUCAACUCCAUCGAGCUUCCGGAAUUUUUCGAGGAUCACAUGAAGGAGUGGAUGUCGGGAUUCAGUGCGUACCUUAACUCGCCCUACGCCCACGCCCUUGCUCUUGAGGCGGACGGCACUGUGGACACUCUCCGUGCUGCCAUUUGCGAGAAUCUCCAACUUUAUAUGAAGAUGAAUGAGGAAGAAUUCCAAGGCUAUCUCGAGGACUUCGUUUCCGCUGUCUACAAUCUUUUGAUGACAUCUUCUCCCUCCUCUUCCCGUGACCAACUUAUCAUCACAGCCAUCAAGUUUCUCACAACUGUUAGUACCAGCGUCCACCAUGGUCUCUUUGGGAAUCCUGAGGUUCUGCCACAGAUCUGCCAGAGCGUCAUCUUUCCCAACAUCCGGGUCAGAGAGGAGGAUGAGGAGCUCUUCGAAAUGAACCAUGUUGAGUACAUCAGAAGGGACAUUGAGGGCAGUGACGCGGAUACGAGGAGAAGGAUUGCUUGUGAACUGCUGAAGGGGAUUGCCGUCAACUACAAGGAUCAGGUGAUGGCCAUCACGUCAGAACAGAUACAAAGGAUGCUGGCCGCCUACCAGGCAAACCCGAGUGAGAACUGGAAAGACAAGGACUGCGCAAUAUACCUUGUUGUCUCACUUGCAACUAAGAAGCCAACGGGCGGCAUGGAUGUUGCAUAUCUCAUCAAUAUUGAGAGCUUCUUUGCAUCCGCAAUCAUUCCAGAGCUACAAUCUCGUGAUGUGAAUGCUGCUCCAGUGCUUAAGGCAGGUGCGUUGAAGUUUUGCACCGUUUUCCGGAGCCAGAUUCCAAAGCAAACUGCAAUCCUACUUUUCCCGGACUUGAUAAGGUUCCUGGCGUCUGAUUCAAAUGUGGUGCAUUCGUAUGCUGCGAACUGUAUUGAGAAGUUGUUACUUGUGAAAGAUGGAGGGCAUCUACGUUACAGUGCUUCAGACAUUGGCCCAUUCCUGUUGGCGCUCAUGAACAACCUUUUCACUGCCCUGCGAAUCCCUGAUUCUCAGGAGAACCCCUACAUUAUGAAAUGCAUCAUGCGUGUGCUUGGCACUGCUGAAAUUGGUCGUGAGGUGGUCGUCCCCUGUGUCACAUGGCUAGUUUCAGUUCUCGGUGAUGUUUGCAAAAAUCCGAAGGAUCCAAUUUUCAACCACUACCUUUUUGAGUCAAUUGCUACACUGAUCAGGAGGACUUGUGAGAAGGACCAGUCUCUAGUUGGAUUGUUUGAGGGAAACUUAUUCCCAGCACUCCAGAACAUAUUGGUCAAUGAUAUUUCUGAGUUUUGGCCAUAUGCCUUCCAAAUAUUCGCUCAACUUGUUGAGAUCAACAGACCGCCACUUUCACCGAGCUACAUGCAACUCUUCCAGGUACUUCUUUCGCCUGAGUCUUGGAAUAGGCCCGCAAGUGUCCCAGCAUUGGUCCGACUUCUCAGGGCCUACCUACAGAAGAUGCCUAAUGAACUUAACAGUGAGGGAAGAUUGAGCCAAGUGCUUGGAAUAUUUAAGAGCUUGGUUUCAGUUUCUAACACUGAAGAAUUAGGUUUCUAUGUUCUUAAUACGGUUAUAGAGAAUCUCCAGUAUGAGGUUCUGGCACCAUAUAUUGGUCACAUAUGGAGUGUCCUUUUCACGCGUCUGCAGGCUCGCCAGACCAUUAGAUUUGUGAAAUUGCUUGUUAUAUUCAUGUCUUUGGUUCUUGUUAAGCAUGGUCCUUCUGUUCUUGUGGAGUCCAUAAAUUCAGUCCAGCCUAAUUUAUUUAUCACACUGGUUGACAAGUUUUGGAUACCAAAUCUCAAGCAAAUCACAGGUUUCGUGGAGGUAAAACUGACUUCCUCUGCUUCAACGAGACUUCUUUGUGAGUCUCCAGUUCUUUUGGAUAGUUCGGCCACUGAGCUAUGUGGCAAAAUGCUCGACAGUGUUAUCACUCUUCUUGCAAGGCCAGAGGAGCAGAGGGUGGAAGAAGAAGUAGAUGUGACCGAUAUUGGAGGGGCUUUUGGCCAUUCUUCGGCUUUUGCACGCUUGCACAAUGCUGGGAAGAAAGAUGAAGAUCCACUGGAAAACGUAAUAAAGGACCCAAAGCAGUUUUUUGUCACAUCACUGGCAAGACUUUCGGCUCUUUCCCCAGGAAAGUAUCCUGCAGUGAUAGAAACGUACGUAGAUGCAGCUAAUAAGGAGGCACUUAAUGAGCUUUGCAAGAUGUACAAUUGUGGCAUUGUCUAA